AACCCGAAUGAAAUUAUUUGAGUAGCUUUUCCCUGUCUCAUUCUUUUUUUCUCCCUUCCGAACAGCCCAGCUCUUGAUUUCUCCAUCUCCCAAUCUCCCAUCGGCAUCUCCAAGCACGCAGAACUGCAGAAGAUGGCUGCUGAUCCCUCACACCAUGAUACUGGAAGUCUACAAACAACAGAGGGUGGCAGCAGUUGGUAUUUCUCUAGGAGAGAGAUCGAAGAAAAUUCUCCUUUUAUACGAGAUGGCAUUGAUUCGAUUAAGGAAACAUACUUGCGCAGAUCAUAUUGUGUAUUCUUUCAAAAUUUGGGCGAGCAACUGAAAGUGUUAGUUUUCAACUUCUGCCUUUUCGCAUUUGCUAUUCCCAAUAUCUCAAAGCUAAUUUGCUGUAACCGUAUGACAGGGAGGAAACCUGAGUGUCUAACUCAUUUACAUAAUUUGCAGAUUAUUGCAAUUGUAUGUAUGUUCCUUGCCGGAAAAGUUGAAGAAACACCUCGAGCCUUAAAGGAUGUUAUAGUUGUCUCGUACGAGAUUAUUUAUAAGAAGGAUCCGAAAGCAAUACAAAGGAUUAAGCAAAGGGAAGUCUAUGAACAACAAAAAGAACUGAUUUUGAUGGGAGAGAGGGUAGUUCUCGCAACACUUGGAUUUGAGCGUAAUGUGCAUCAUCCAUAUAAACCCCUUGUUGUGGCACUUCAAAAAUUCAAGGCUGCACAAAAUACACUUGUUCAAGUUGCUUGGAAUUUUGUUAACAAUGGGCUUCGGACACCUUUAUGCUUGCAAUUUAAGCCCCAUCACAUUGCAGCAGGUGCCAUUUUUCUUGCCGCCAAGUUUCUUUUCCACAUGACGAUGAGAAGGUUUGGUGGCAGGAGUUUGAUGUCACCCCACGUCAAUUGGAGGAAAAUGAUAAGAUCUAAAGUGAGGUUCCAGGGAGGGUGGGAGUGGGAAAUAAAUGACGGGAAAAUUGAGAUGGCGAAUGCCCCAUUGAGGAGGUGUAAGAGCCUCGAGGUAGAAGUGGUAAGCAACCAAAUGCUUGAACUAUAUGAACAGAAGUCUCUUGCCAAAGAAGCAGAAGAGUGUGCUGAUGUUGUGGGUACUCAGAGACCAACAAAUCCGUCCGGUGCAAAUGAAGACCCUAACCCGAACAGCAACAGCUCUCACAGGGGCACUGCUACAUCAUCAAAGACCGGGACCUCCAAAGCCUCCUCCCAAAAGCCAAUCUCCUAUCAUUCGCUUCCUAAUAAUCAUGGUAGGGCUGGUCAAAACUGUGACAAUGACCAUGCAAGUUCUGAAAAAAACAUAACAUACCCAUCCAGCUAUGCUGGUGAGGCUAGUGGUAAGCAGAACGAUGAAAGUGGUGAAGAGAAGACAAAACAAAUGAAGGAGAAGCUGGAUGGCGGUGGGGCCCUGGAACACCACCACAUGGAUGGGGCGGCAGUUGGGCAGUCACUGCAGGAGGUCUUCAUCAAGAAUAUUGACAAAGGCAAAGUGAAAGCAGCACUUGAGAGGAGCAGGAAAUCCCGUGGUGGCACAACUAGGAAGGCCGAUGUUUUGGAUGACGAUGACCUCAUCGAGAGAGAAUUGGAGGACGGAAUAGUAAUAGAUGCUGAGAAGAGCAAGUGGGAGAGAAGACAGAGUUGUCCCAAGUCAUCAAGUGGGCUAGAGCACGACCAAAGAAUGAUGACAAAAGGGGCGGUGCAGCCCUUGCAAAAGGAGAACGAUAAUUUGGAAGAAGGGGAAUUGGAUCCUUAUGGGGAUACCGUCGCUCACAAGGGGGCCCACCAUUCGCCCAAGUCUGCUAAUCGUAAGAGAAAGGCAAGUCCCCUCCUGCAGAGGGAGGGAAAGCAUCGCCACCGCGACAUCAUCUAUCCACAGUCACUCGCACCACGACUUCCCGGAGGGCAGAAAUAGGGGUGGCCUCCGGGUGGGAGACUCGGUGACUAAUUCAAAAGGCUUCCCCAUCAGAAUCACGCUUAAGACGUUCUCCUCCCAGUAGUUAGAUCUUCAUAGAUAUGGUCGGUAGAGCCAGCAAGCAAGCAAGCAGUGUUCUGCUGAAAUGGUUUGUGUUGGGGGUAAAACACUGUUGUGUGAGGUGGAACCGUACUUUAUGUUGCAAAGGACAAACGAUAUCUAAGAAAAUAAAAUCGAAGCAAUAUAAUUGCUUUGUAGGGUUCACUGCAUUUUCUCCAUCGGAAAAAGCUGGGCAGAUCGGUGCACCAACACUCAUCCUCACAACUUCAUUUUCUCCACUAUCAAUUGAUGAAAACAUUUGAGGCCUCAGGUGACCAUUGCUACUGCAAUUUUAUUUUGUCAACGUUUCUUCGUCAAUCUCAUGCCAAAAAUGAUAGGAGGGUAAGUGAUAUUU